UGAGAACAUUUAUGAGCCACACUCGGCCCGAAAACUGCACCCAGUUAGCAUCUAUGUAAAUUCACAAAAUCUAUAAAGUAGGACCCAAUUUGCCACUGCCACUGCCAUCUGCCUCGACCUUCGUUUUGGAAGUGGAGGUGCUGCAGCAUGCCUUGCAUAUUUAAUCCUGGCUACAUUGGACCCGAUCCACCCUGCUGUGACCCGGAUUGCCUGGAGGAGGGCCACUGCACGGUUCCGGAGUGCGGAGUUUGCCCGGAGUCCCAGCUACCCCGAUGCAAUCCCGCCCCACAACCCAACAAGGACACGGCGAGGCAGCCACUGAAACAGAAGGCCGAAAAAAAACCGAAGCCCCAGGGGCAGCAAUAGUGGAGAAAAGGCAGUGCUGCAAAGAACUGCAAAUGAACAAUAAAAGCAAUCAAAAUGAGUGGCCUACUUUUUUAUUAUAUACAUAUGUGGUCUACCUAAAUAAAGAUAAAUAAGUUUGCAGCACUCUGGAUUUAAGUGUCAACAA